AUGAACACAACUCAUGACCAGAAAACCAAACCAACCACCAACCACUCACUCAUCCAACUACUCUUCGAACUACCUCCUCAACUGCUCCAACUGAUCGUCAUCUGCGCAAGACCGAUCAACCUACUCGCACAACUCAUCACGAUCAUCAACUGGUCUCAUCCACUAGGACCAUGGCCAUCAUGGACCCUACUACUCUCAUCCUGGCUAGCCUACUCCAUCCUACCCAUACUCAUCCACUAUCGAAUACCUAACCUGAUCUGUCUCCUCAUCCUAACCUACAACUACGCAAUCACCUCAAAAUCAACACCACCACAUUCAAAACCAGAACCAAUUCAAAUUCAAAACCCUCAAUUCAUCAUCUCCACUCAUCCGCUCGCAAUCCUAAACUCACUAGAAGACCUCCAAAUCAUUGCCGAUCACUAUGCCCAAUUCUCAUCAAAACUUAUCCAGCCAACCUACGAGCUCAUCAGUGGUAGUAGUAGUACUAGUAGUAGUAGUGGCAAGAAAGACGACCAAGAGACCAUCAGGAUCUGUCUCACCACCCUACCACUCUCGAUCCUCAUCAGCCAACUCAUCCCAACCAGCACCAUCCUCCUCCUCCUCAGCUCAACCCUCAUCAUCUGGUCAUCCCCCUGGUUCAGACUACUCAGGAACUUGCUCUCCAGAUCCCCUCUCCUGCUCCUCGUCUCCUCAGUCCUCGCCGACCUCUUCCUCCAUCUAAGAUUCCAACCCUUGAUCAGAUGGAAUCAGAUCAUCAACCCCAAGAAUCCUGCCUCUUCUCGCUCAUUACUCUCUUCUAUCUCUAACUCUCUCUCAACCUUACUUUCACUCACUCCCAAACUUGACACAAAACACGGAAAAUCAGAUGGACUUGGUUCUUCUAGCUUAGAUGGAACGCAUCAACAGGAGAUCGAGUUCUCGUUAACGAUCUUUGAAAACCAACGAUGGUGGAUGGGAUUGGAUUGGACGCCAAAUCUGUUACCACAUGAGCGGCCGAACUGGACGGAUGCGAUGAACCAAGCGGUCCCCUCACCGACGAACAUCAAGUUGCCCGAGGGGAUGCGAUAUGCAGAAAAGAGCUUGGAAGAGAGGCCGGCCAAAGAGCGGAUAGUAGAAUGGAGCUGGGUGGAUCCGGAGUGGAAGAUCGUCGACCAAAGCAGUCUGACCCAGCCGGACUUCCUGAUCAGCGACCCGACUCCAUCUUCGUCUUCGUUGUUGUCGUCGACCACCACCACCACCACGACGACGACGACGAUCAAACUCAACCCGAGCCCUUCUUCAUCCAUCGAACAAUCGACCUCCCCGCGUCUUCUUUCUGCUACCCCGCCUCCCCAAAGCCCCGAGGUCGCUGGCUCGCGGAGACUUCAUAAUCGGUCCGCCUCCGAUCAUCUCGGAUCCCCCUCGGUCCAUUCGGUCGACUCUGAAAUCCUCAUCGAGUCCUUACGUAGCUCAGGCUUGGGCAUCGGCGUCGUUAAUGGAUCACCUUCGAAUCCCAAUACUAUUACGCCCACUUCUUGGGAAGUCGAUGCGAAUGGAUGGCAAUAUGGCGAUAAUCAUUGGGAGAAGAUGAGCAAAAAGUCGGGCAUAGGCAGAUACACGAGACGGCGCGCCUGGACGCGCAAAGCGCGGCUUCGCACCACCAUUCUCUCUGUCCAACCAGCCCCUGAGAUUUCCCCCUCGUCUUCCCCUUCUUCCUCAUCCUCCUCAUCUUCUCAUAGUCACAAUGAUGGGAACGGACUCGGAUCGACGGCGUCAAUCGAUGAUCAUGCUCUCCCACUCUCUUCUGAUUCUCCUACUAGUGAUCCUUCUUCUUCUGCUCCUUCUCCUAGCACCAUCGACGCUUCAACUGUCACUACUUCUACUAUCAUCAAUCCUUCUUCUUCUUCAGCUGCAUCUACUACGGCUACUACUGCUCUUUCUCUUAAUCUUAAACGCUCCUUGGGCCUUCUGAGACGUAAAUAA